CAAUCUGUCAUUUUUUGACGCCUUGUAUUUAUUAUUUGGUAUCAUCUCAAACGGGCUUAGGUGUAAGGGAACAUAUGGUCAAGGUCAAAUAUACUCCCUUGAGUGUGACUGUCCCCAGUAAGGACCAAAGGCAACUUAUUAAGGUGAGGAUCCUGGCGGAGGGUAUUGGCCCCGCACACAAGGAGGAAUGUAGAUCAGCCAGUACCAAGAUCUGUACGAAAGUUCUCAAAGGCAUGGACUUCCAGCUUGGUUUAUCCAAGGUCUUCCGCAAGGAUGCCCAAGACGCUUACCUAGAGCAGUGUCGUGAAGUGGCCCUGACAGAGAAGAUCUCCGUUAUCCAGAAGUGUAUCCGUAUGUGGGCGGUGAGACGUCGCUACUUGAAGAUGCGGGGAAGUUGUACGACCAUACAGUCAUGCUGGAGAGGAUACUACGCCAGGAAGCGCUUCCUUGCUGAACGACUGGCUCAGAUCGAGUCUGAAGCUGCAGAAAUCGAGAGACAGCAGCGGGAUCAGACUCGCAUGAAGAAAGAACAGAUCGAGAUUACUGAGAGGCGUAUAAACGAGCAAAAGUCUGACUCCCAAGUGGUUGACGACAUGUUUGGGUCUAUUGGUGAAGACAGUGGUGUCACUGGAGAGGGACCAUCAGCCUUUGCUCAUGCAGAUACAGAUGAUGGAUUUAUUUUUGCAGAUCUGGAAGAGAAGAGGAGGCAGCUUAUGUCAGAAAUCAAUUACGACACAGAUGCGCUUCAGAUACCGAUGCCUGUGGAUAAGGAAGAUAUCUCCGGGUACAAGUUUGCCAAGUUUUCUGCCACCUUCUUCCAGGGCAAUGCCACCCACACAUACAUUCUUCGUCCAAUCAGAACGUCGCUGUUACAGCUUAAGUCAGAGUCCGACCAUCUGGCUGCACUUGCAGUCUGGAUCACCAUACUAAGGUUCAUGGGAGAUCUGCCUGAGCCUAAAGUCUACACGGCCGCUCAGGACACAAGGGACACAACCCCCGUGAUGACGAAGAUCUACUCAACUCUCGGACGCAAGUUCAACAAGCGUGACCUGGAGGAGGCGCAGCGUAUGAACAUGGAGCUAGAACAGGAACCAUCCAAUAUCCGGGUCAGCGGGAAACGCAGCAUGAGGAAGAAACUGGUUUCCCUGACGCUGAAGAAAAAGUCAAAGAUUACGGAGGAAUUUAAGAGUCAUCUUGGGGACACAGACUAUUACUCUCCGUCUGGCCAGAAUGCACUGCUGGAGGAGAGACCCACAUCCAACCUUGAGAAACUCCACUUCAUCAUCGGACACGGCAUCCUGAGGCCUGACUUGAGGGAUGAGAUUUACUGCCAGAUUGCGAAACAACUGUCCCAGAAUCCCUCGCGCUCAUCUCACGCCCGUGGUUGGAUCCUCCUGUCGUUAUGUGUUGGAUGCUUUGCUCCAUCUGACAAAUUUAUCAAGUACCUGCGUAACUUCAUCCACGAGGGGCCACCAGGCUACGCUCCUUACUGCGAGGAGAGGUUGCGACGUACGUUUGCCAACGGAACACGAAACUAUCCACCCUCAUGGCUUGAACUUCAGGCAACAAAGUCCAAGCGACCAUUGAUGCUUCCUAUCACAUUUAUGGACGGAAACACGAAGACGCUCCUGGCUGAUUCUGCCACCACGGCCCGGGAACUCUGCCAACAGCUAUCAGAGAAAAUUGGUCUUAAGGAUCAGUUUGGCUUCUCGCUGUAUAUCGCCCUCUUUGAUAAGGUGUCGUCUAUAGGCAGUGGCGGUGAUCACGUGAUGGACUCCAUCUCACAGUGUGAACAGUAUGCCAAAGAACAAGGGGCCCAGGAAAGAAACGCCCCCUGGAGGCUGUCCUUCCGCAAGGAAAUAUUCGCCCCCUGGCACGACCCAGCAGCGGACUCGACUGCUACCAACCUCGUGUAUCAGCAGGUGGUUCGUGGGAUCAAGUUCGGGGAAUAUAAGUGUGAUAAAGAUGAUGACUUGGCAAUGAUCGCAGCCCAGCAGUACUACGUUGACUACGGCUCCAACAUCUCGACAGAGCGGCUCCAGAGUCUGCUACCCUCGUACAUCCCUGAUAGUUUGCUGAACAAACCGAACUCUCUCACAUUCUGGAUGACACAGGUGAACAACAAAAUGCACGGCCCAUACUUCAAAAAUGACAUAAUCAGAUCACUGGAGGUGAAGGAAAAUAUUGUGAGUUAUGCCAAAUACAAGUGGCCGCUGCUGUUUUCACGGUUCUACGAGGCGUACAAGUUUGCAGGACCCAGCCUUCCAAAGAACGAUGUUAUAAUUGCGGUGAACUGGACGGGCGUGUAUGUGGUUGAUGAUCAGAAGCAGGUUCUGCUGGAGUUGUCUUUCCCUGAAAUCACAGCUGUAUCCAGUAGCAGGACGGGCAAGAUGCAUGGUCAGAGCUUCACCCUGGCGACCGUGAAGAGUGACGAGUUCACGUUUACGUCACCAAACGCGGAGGACAUUCGCGACUUGGUCGCAACGUUCCUUGAAAGCCUCAAGAAGCGGUCAAAAUAUGUGAUUGCUCUGCAGGACUACUCAGGUCCAGGUGAUAGUUCCAGUUUCCUGAGCUUCCAGAAGGGUGACCUGAUUGUGCUUGUGCAGCAGAACGGGGAAACGGUGAUGAACUCUGGCUUGUGUAUAGGAGAGUGUGUCCGCACUGGGAAACAGGGAGACUUCCCAGCUGAGUGUGUCUAUGUUCUGCCCACGAUUACCAAACCCCCACCAGAGAUUCUGAACCUGUUUGUCCAGUCCAUCGACCAAUCAAUGCUGAUACAGUCAAAUGUAGAGGUGGUUGCCGAGACAGGGGAAAAGCCCCAUACACUAGAGGAGUACAGCCUGGACCACUUCAGGCCUCCAGCAAAGCGAACUCUGUCAAAGACACUCCAAUCUGCACAACGUCGCAAGCCGGAUGAGCUGUGGCGUUACUCUAAGGAACCCCUUCGCCAGCCCCUGUUGAAGAAACUGUUGGGUCGUGAAGAAGUGAGCCAAGAAGCCUGCCUGUGCUUUCUUGCUAUACUGAAGUACAUGGGUGAUCACCCGUCUAAACGCGGAAGAAUGGCCAAUGAACUCACAGACCAGAUCUUCGAACCACCACUCAGAACGGAAAUCUUGAAGGACGAGAUCUACUGUCAGAUUAUCAAACAACUGACGGACAACAAGAAUGGGAUGAGUGCAGAUCGUGGCUGGGAGUUGAUGUGGCUGAUCACAGGCAGUUUUGCCCCCUCCACCAACCUUCUUAAGGAGGUGACGCUCUUCCUAAAGUCGCGGCCCCAUACCCCCACUGCCAAUGACUGCGCUUCGAGGCUUCAGAAAACUCUCAGGAACGGGACCCGCAAGUACCCACCCCACCAGGUGGAGGUGGAGGCUAUACAACACAAGACUACGCAGAUCCUCCAUAAGGUCUACUUCCCAGAUGACUCUGAUGAGGCAUUUGAGGUUGAGUCUAGCACGAGAGCCAAGGACUUCUGCCAGAACAUCGCCUCAAAACUGAUCAUCAAGUCACCAGAGGGAUUCAGUCUCUUUGUCAAGAUUGCCGACAAAGUUAUCAGUGUGCCAGAAGGGGACUUCUUCUUUGACUUUGUGAGACAUCUGAUUGACUGGACGACACGAGAUGGUACAGUCCCCCAGUUCACCUACCAGGUGUUCUUCAUGAAGAAACUGUGGACGAACUUCGUGCCAGGCAAGGACCUGAACACUGACCUCAUCUUCCAUUACCACCAGGAGUUGCCAAAUCUACUGCGGGGCUAUCACAAAUGCAAUACAGGAGAAUCGGCGAGACUAGCUGCCCUCAUCUAUCGGGGGAAGUUUGGCGAGAACAAGACCGGCCUGAAAAACCUACCGAGAAUCUUGCGUGAACUGGUCCCAGCUGAUAUGAUCAAAGCCCAGUCUCCUGAUGAGUGGAAGAGGGCUAUUGUUAGUGAGUUCAACAAUGACAGUGGAAAGAGUCAGGAAGAUGCCAAGGUGGAGUUUCUCAAGGUCAUUUACAAGUGGCCCACAUUCGGCUCAACUUUAUUCAAGGUCAAGCAAACGACAGAGCCCAACUACCCAGAAAUCCUGCUGAUUGCCAUCAACAAGAAUGGAGUCAACCUUAUACAUCCUCACACCAAGGACAUUCUGGCCACUCAUCCGUUCACGAAGAUCUCAAACUGGAGCAGUGGUAACACGUACUUCCACAUGACCAUUGGGAACCUGCUUCGUGGAUCCAAGCUCCUGUGUGAAACUUCUCUGGGCUACAAGAUGGAUGAUCUGCUCACAUCCUACAUAAGCCUUAUGUUGACAAACAUGAACAAGCAACGCACAUCACGACGAUAAAUAGAACAUAGUAUAUAAGCAGAAGUCAUCAAGAUGAUAAACGGAACAUUUUGAACAAACAGCGCACAUCAUGAUGAUGAACCGAACACUGUGGAAGUACAUCAUGAAGAAAAACUGACAUCACAAUGAUAAAUCAAGAUUUGUGAAAGUAUACUGUGACGAUAAAAAAUCAUAAACCAAGUAAUAUUGCCAACUAUGAUCAUGAACCCAUGCAGCAUACAUCUCUAUGUCUAAAAUAAAUGCGCUUCAUGACGAUAAAACAACGCACAUCACGUUUAUCGGCCGAGCUACGUCUGCAACAACAAUGUCAUUUCUCAUACACCUAUUUGAGAACUGCAACUAGGCUGUGGAGAGUACUAAAAUGUUCAAACAAUUAAACACUAUUUACGUGUAUAGAUCUUUUAUAAGUAUGGCAUUAUUAUAAAAGAUUGUUAAAAAUUAUCUUCAUAUUCAAAUGCAUGCAUAGAGAUGCACAUUUGAGCAUUAAAAUUAAUAUAUUUCACAAAAAUGUAGCUGAAUUAUCAUUUAUUCCAUAUAAACGCACUGUAGAGAUAUUUUAAUGACCAUGAAUGCUUACAUGUAUUUAGAUUUUGUUCAUAUCAUAAAAUAGUUUUUUUUUAUCAGGCCACUUAAGUGGGAAAAUACACUUGCAUAAUGAUGCUUGGAGUAUUAUUAUUAUUAAAAUCUUCAUUGUUCACGCUAAUGUCUCGACCAAUGGGAUUGCCAAAAGUUGUAUCUGCUGGUAAUGUGAAUACCUCGACAGGGUUCGUUUAUGCAUAUGACGUUACAAUAUAUAUAAAAUAGUAUAUGAAACACGUGUAUUCACAACAGACUUAAAAUCAGCGUAUCUUUAUUGGUGAAAAUCUUAAAGGGUAACAUAAUUAAUAUUUUAUCGGAAAAGUAUUUCAUAUGUAGAUUGCAUAAAACAUCAAAUAUAAUCCUACAUUUACAAAUUGGGCCAAUUUUUCGGAACUUUUUAACAAAGUUAACAAUUAAAAAUUGAUUAACUUUUUUUAUGAUACCAGUAUGCUCAUAUAUUUAUAUAAAACACAUACAGACAAAACAUGUGUCUCAAAAAGUGUUAGAAACACUGCAGAUCGAACAGUCAUAUGACCAUGAGAGUUCCAAAGCAAGUUUAAAGAUAACAAAAAUGACAUUUACAACAAUCGGCAGAUUGUUUAGAACAAAUUUGUUAACAGCAUUGUCGUUACCGUUUAAAAGUGAAAUAUUUUAUGAUGUGCUGAUUUAUUUGAGUAAAAGAAACAUAGCUGAAUCAGUUGUCUCAAUAUUUGUGCACAGUACCACAGAUCAAAUGUGAUUCCUUGAAACUUUCAAAGUAUUAGAGGUUUGAAAGUUAACAAAGAUCUAAUUAACAAUCGGCCCAUCGUUAACUUUAACUCGGUUCUUAACAAUGAUGAUCCCAUUAACCUGCUGGUAGAAUCCGUGAGGGGCAAUCGAAAUCCAGGAAUAUAGUGCCAUUAGGAAUAUUUUUAUGAAUGCAUUUACAAAACUCAAGUGGUCAAAGUUGCAGCAUGCGGGUGAGCGGGCGGACUGAUGGGCGAGUUUUAUCCAGUUUGUUGUCUAAUCAAUAAGCCGUUGUUUUUUCAUCACCAAAGUUGGUCAGAAUUUUUAUGGGCAUAAUAUCUUGUUCACUACUGAAUUAAGGUAAUAAAAUAUAUAAACAAACACAAAACAAACUAUUUAUUCAUUGUAGCCUAAACAUAGAAUUAAAAUGUACAUGUUAUGCUGGUGAGCGUUUUUGGCUGGCAAUGGAUGUGAUGUAGGCAAAUUUGUAUGAGUGUUUAUAGUGUGGUAACAUACAUAUUAUGUAUAUAAUUCAUGAAUAUUUGUAUUUAUAUUAGUAUGUCCCUUACUUUAAAGGUACCAUAUUGUACAUGUAUAUUGCUAAUACUAUAUUUGUUUUGUUUGUUUUUUUUGUUUGUUUGGUAUACAGUUGUUUGACAAUAGUUUGUAUUGAGCUUUAUGCGGAGUUUACUAUUGAUUCUUGACUUGUUCACCAGACACUUCUAACUUGGCCUAGCUCAAAAUGUGUUGUUUUUUUCUCUUGGGGACACAUUCCAAGUAAAUUCAUUCUAAGUUGUUAUCUGAGUUGUUAAUGCUAAAAUUCCAUAUCCUUGGGUGGUAUACAAUACACAGCUUAAGUCAAUCUUACCGUCAUAAACGAUUGACUUAAUUUACUGUAUAGGUCAGUUAUUUAUAUCACACAUUCCGAUUAGCUACAUCGUUCUUAGAUCCAAUUAAGACCAAUAUUGAAUAUUACCCAAGGGGCGAUAUUACAGAAGCAUCUUAAGUGAAAUCUUAUACUAUUCCUUUACCCUGACACUUUUGUUUACUGAUUUAAUAAACAUUUAGAAUAUUUCUGGUAACAUUAAGAUAAAUAAUUUCUAAUAUAUAUUUCUAUGCCAUAGCAAUUAAAAUAUCUUGCAGUUCUAAUAGGCUAUUGCAAAUAUAUUGCUUUUAAUUUUUAUAUGUGAAACUAUUAAAUAUCUAACUUAGGAUGCUUCUGUAAUACGGGUCCUCAUGUUAGUGACCUUCCCUAAUGUAGUUUGGGCUCCUUUCAGUCUCUGGCAACCCCCUUACUUAAGCCCCUAAAAUCUAAAUACAUGUUCCUUUUUUCAGAAAAAAAAACUUUUGUGAUGUAUUCAAUCACAUAAUAUUUUUAUAAUGGCAACACAUUCCAAACAUAAUCAUUCCAAAUUGUUAUACAAGUUGUUUACGCCAAAUCCCCUGUCCUGAUGUUUCAUUCCCUGUCCCAGAUUUCUAAUAUACAAUGUAGUUUUGGCUGCAGGCCCUACACUUUUUUCUCACAAAGACCGAAUCUUGUGAUUUACUAAAUAAUAAUAUUUACGGAGUAGAGAAUAUUGGAUUAAAUCUGUCUGCUUUACUUAUUGACUGGGUAGAAGCAAAACCCCUGGCGGGAAAAACUGUAUAUAUGAAGUCAGGCUUUAUUGAUUAAGCUUAUAACAGACACUCAUGAGUGGAAUAUAAAUACUUCAAGCAUUUCUAAAAAAUAAAACCCAAAUGCAGCCAAAUAGUUUUCUUUUUUUGUUCCCAAUUUCUGUGAUUGUUUUCAUCAUAAGAUUUGAUAGAGAUUUUGUAGCAGAUUCCCACGUUAUGUCCCUUACAUAAUAGAUUAUAUUAUAUAUUCCAAUCUACAUUCUAGCAGAAACGUUUUUUUGUAUAUAUGUUUGUGUAUGUUGCAGGCAUAUCAAAGUGUUGUUUAUAUAUCAUAGGCAAUAAACUUAAAAUUUCAA